AUGCUGGAUGAAUUACCAUCAUUGCCACUGAAUGAUAAAGAUAACAAAAGAAAAGGUAUGAUUUAUAAUAGCCUUGCUGUUAUUCGAUUUGAAAAAGAUGAUAUUCCAGUUGCACAAGAAUAUUUGAAAAUAGCUGAACAAUGUUUUUCUUUAUCAAAUAGUCCACAAGUUUUAACAAUCGUUCGUACAAAUCAGUAUACAAUUAACUGUAAAAAAAAUAUAGUAAAUAGUUCGAAAGAUGAAUUUAUAUUAAAAUCAUUGCCUAGUAAUCAAAUAUCAAAAGUUAAAAUUUAUAUUAAUAUGGGUUACACGUAUCAAACAAAUUACAAUAAUGAAAAAGCACUAGAAUAUUAUCAAAAAGUUUUUGAUUCAGAAGAAAACGAAAUCAACCCAUUGGAUUUAUCGGUAGCCUAUAAUAAUAUAGGACAGAUUCAGCUUACCAAUGGUUGUUAUGAUAAAGCAAUUGAAUCUUACACAAAAGCUUUGGAAUUAGGAUUUCGAUCCGUACCUGAUACACAUCCGUGGAUUAUCGAUUAUAAAAAAAAUAUACUAACAGUAUAUCGAUAUAUGAGAAAUAAAUGCAAAGAACAAAAGUUUAUGUCGGAUUAA